GGUCGAUGGCAGAACGAACCAAACUAGAAGCGUAUAUGGCUUUCUCCAUGCUUAACACCUUCAUCUUCUGUCUCCCCGCCCACUGGGUGUGGGCUUCCAACGGCUGGCUCAGGACAAUGGGCGUGAUUGACAUCGCCGGGGCGGGGCCUGUUCACAUUGUGGGCGGGAUCACCGGGCUGGUGGCUACACUGAUGCUGAAGCCGCGUCAUAACAGGUUUGAAACUCCAGAAAGGGUGACUGAGAUGGGAUCUCCGACUAACGCCAUCCUCGGAAUGUUCAUGCUUUGGUGGGGCUGGCUUGGAUUUAACUGUGGCAGUACGUUCGGAAUAUCUGGGGUGAAAUGGAUUUUGGCGGCAAGGUCGGCUGUUUCAACAAUCACGGCAUCUGUGGCGGGAGGGAGUGUGGGGCUGAUUAUGAGCUACAUCAUCAAGCAGCGCCGAAUUGAAAUAUCCUACCUGAUCAAUGGUGUGCUCGGCGCACUAGUUGGGAUAACUGCUAAUUGUGCCAUGGCCGAGCCGUGGGAGGGACUAUUGAUAGGAUCCAUCGGGGCAUUAAUUACCAACCUGACUGUGGAACUCUUCGUCAAACUCAAGAUUGAUGAUCCUGUCGGAUGUGUAGGUACGCAUGCGUGCGCGGGUGUAUGGAGCUUGUUGUCAGCCGGCCUCGUUACGAAGCCAGAUGACCUGACGAAAGCCAUGCAGCUUGACAACACAAGACAGGGGUUAUUCCACGGAGGUGAUUUUUACCAGUUAGGUAUUCAGGCCCUCGCCGCCUUGGCCAUCAUCGCUUGGACUCUCGUUAACGCGUUCGUCUGGCUAAAACUGAUCGACUUGACCAUAGGAAUCCGAGUACCCCUGGAAGAGGAGAUACUUGGGGCGGAUAUUGUAGAACACGCCGUGGGAGGUUUCAUCUACAGCAAGAUGGCCAGGAAAAUUCUGUCCUCACCGGACAGCGACUCGGAUCCACCUCUGGGGGAGAGUGACAUAGAAAUCGAAAUUAGCAAGGAGAGAGAGAGAAGCCGACGGCACAGUCUCGGUUUUCGUGUGGGACAGUGGCGACACAGAUACGAAAAUGCAAGUAAACUCCAAAAACUUAAAAGAAACAAAAAGCAAUCUAACAACUUUUCAAAAUUAUGUCAUUGUUUAAAACGUGAUGUUAAUCAGAAUAGAGAUGUUUCGAGAGGACAUGAAGACAUCUACAGUGUGGAUGGGAGUGUGUGUUUCAAAACGAGUAACCCUUUAGAGGAACAGUCCAAUAAUAAUGACGACGGCACAUUUACGAACACCCUGUUCCUACCGGAUGCGGAAACAAGCAAAGCCGACAGGGGACGCAACUCUGAACAUAACGUUGUAACUCAACAUCGAAAUGGCUUCGACCGAAGUCCGCCAAAUAAAAUUAUGACGUAUUUAUAGCGACACGUGUGUGCCUGACAAUAAUUAAACUUUUAUUGAACUUUAGAGGAUGCUCUUUAGGCAGGCACAGUAACAAGAUGUUUAUGAAGUUGCGGGUGUGCUUUGUGUAGCUGUGCCGACUUAGUAAUGUGACGUUUAUGAAGUUGCGGGUGUACUUUGUUUGGCUGUGCCGACAUAGUAAUGUGACGUUUAUGAAGUUAUGGGUGUACUUUGUUUAGCUGUGCCGUAGUAAUGUGACGUUUAUGAAGUUACGGGUGUACUUUGUUUAGCUGUGCCGUAGUAAUGUGACGUUUAUGAAGUUACGGAUGUACUUUGUUUAGCUGUGCCAUAGUAAUGUGACGUUUAUGAAGUUAUGGGUGUACUUUGUUUAGCUGUGCCGUAGUAAUGUGAUGUUUAUGAAGUUGCGGGU